GCAAGGCAGGACCGGCGCAGGCACUGGAGCCCGUGGGCAGGACGCGCCAUGGAGCCGAGCCUGGAGGGCGCCUGCAGCCACUGCAAGGAGCAGGAUGGGGUUGGGGGAGACGGAGCCCCCCAGCGGGAGCGCAGCCGGCCGGCCGGACCUGUGCUUCGGGGCGUUCAACGCCAGCGUCAGCCUCAAUGAGACGCAGAGGAAAGCCAUCACCUCGCCGUGGUUCUCCACUGCCUUUGGCCUCAUCGGCCUCUGCUCCAACCUCUUCGCCCUGUGCGUCCUGCUCAGCUCCUCCCGCAAGAUGUCCAGCCGGGCUCGUUCUUCCUUCCUUGUCUUCCUCUGCGGGCUGGUGGUCACAGACUUCAUGGGGCUGCUAGUGACAGCCUCAGUCAUCAUCCCCUACCACUUCAUCAAGUUCGACUGGGCCGAGGUGGACCCCGGCUGCCACCUCUGCAACUUCCUUGGCUUCUCCAUGGUCUUCUUCGGGCAGUGCCCACUGCUGCUGGGGGCCACCAUGGCUGGUGAGAGGUUCUUCGGCAUCAACCACCCCUUCUCCCGCUCCACCAGCAUCUCCAAGCGCCGCGCGUGGUCCAUUGUAGGGCUGGUGUGGGGGUUUGCCUGCGUCCUGGGUCUCCUGCCGGUGCUAGGGCUGGGGAGGUACACGCUGCAGUACCCCAGCUCCUGGUGCUUCCUCACCCUCCUGCCUGACACUGGCAACGUCAUCUUCUGCCUGCUCUUUGCCUUGCUGGGCAUCGUCUCUGUGUUGCUCUCCUUCAUCUUGAACACAGUCAGCGUGGUGACACUCUGUCGUGUCUACCAUGACCGGGAGUCAGUGCAGCGGCGCCGGGACAGCGAGGUGGAGAUGAUGGUGCAGCUCGUGGGCAUCAUGAUCAUCGCCACCAUCUGCUGGAUGCCCCUUCUGAUCUUCAUUAUCCAGACGGUCCUGCAGCAGCUUCCGGCCCCCGACCGGGUCCAGACACUGCCCACGGAGACACAGAAGAUGCUGCUCAUCUACAUCCGCAUGGUCACCUGGAACCAGAUCCUCGACCCCUGGGUCUACACCUCCGGGCGGGCCGUCCCGCAGCGUGCCUCCCCCAGCCUCCGCUCGCGGCCCUCCAUCGUCUCCCUCUACCCCGUCCUCAACCCUUCCCUGCGCCGCAAGUUCACCCAGGAGUCGGUGCUGCAGUAGCGGGUGCCAGGGCGCUGGCUGGGGACAGCUGCAAAGGGGGGACAGCGGUGGGGCUGGCGGGGGACAUCGGGCUGCUCCCCCCCUCGGUUCAAGCAACCCCCACAAAAAAAAAUCCAGCUUGCGCUGCUCUCCAUGCCCUGAGCGCCCACGCUGGGCUCUGGGUGUCAGGGGGACCCAGGGCGCUGAGCCAGG